AUGGACAGUCCCAUAACAAGUCUUCUCAACAUGGACAGUCCCAUAACAAGUCUUCUCAACAUGGACAGUCCCAUAGUUAAUCUCUUCAACAUGGACUGUCCCAAAACAAGUCUUCUCAACAUGGACAGUCCCAUAGUUAAUCUCUUCAACAUGGACAGUCCCAUAACAAGUCUUCUCAACAUGGACAGUCCCAUAGUUAAUCUCUUCAACAUGGACAGUCCCAUAACAAGUCUUCUCAACAUGGACAGUCCCAUAACAAGUCUUCUCAACAUGGACAGUCCCAUAGUUAAUCUCUUCAACAUGGACAGUGUGAUGUCCUUUCGCUUUCUGGGCACCACGAUCACCCAGGACCUCAAGUGGGAGCUGAACAUCACCUCCCUUACAAAGAAAGCUCAGCAGAGGAUAUACUUCCUGUGGCAGCUGAAAAAGUGGGACACCCGUGUGCGUGGUGAGACGACCACUCAGGAGAUCCUUAACCCUGAUGGGACAAUCACAGUGCGGAGCGACUUCAUCCUGGUACCUAGCCGGAGCACUCACCUGGAGACCCUCACCUGUAUCACCUCUUACAACGAUGAGACGAACGCAGAGUCAGUCACUCUGGACAUACAAUAUGAGCCAGAGGUGUCAGUGGAGGGGUUUGAUGGGAACUGGUACCUGGACCGUCAAAACGUACAGCUGGCAUGUCUGGCUGACGCAAACCCACCUGCCUCUUUAUUCCAGUGGAGGAGGUUGAAUGGUUCCAUACCUAGCAGCGUAGAGAUCCGUGACAACAUCCUGUUAUUUAAAGGACCUAUCAGAUACGAGGUGGGCGGGAUCUAUGUCUGUGAUGCAACUAAUAGUAUUGGAACAAGCUCCGCCUUUGUAGAGGUCAGCAUUACAGAGGAGCCACUGCCCCAGCUGGAAACGGGUGAUGUCAUCAGUGUUCUGGGUGUGAUACUGGCUGCAGGAUUGAUUUUGGGUGUGGCUUACACUCUGCUGCUUCUUAACAGGAGAAAACAGAGAAAGACUGAUGCUGAUGUGACAGGGUCUUCUCCCUCCCUUAAAAUGGGUCCUCAUUCUGCAAGAACAAAAUUUGCAGAUGAUUUCCAGCGUAGUGGCAGGAUAUUUGAGGAACUUCCCAACACAGCAGACUAUGUCAGCUACCGCUUAGCCUGCAACAAGGAGGACUACCCGGAACCCUACUCUCCUCCCAUCAACCCUCCCCUUUCCUUCCUUCCCCAACACCACUACAGUUCCUCCCCCUCUAAAAACAGCUUCUCCCACCUCUCACAUCAAUUCACCUCCAAUAACACCUUCUCCGCCCCCUCACACCCCCCCCCCUCCAAAAACACAUUCUCCCCACCCUCAAAUCCCUGCCCCGUCUUCAGAUAUCCUUCUCUCCCCUCCCUUUGCCACCCUACUGGUGCUGCUUCCUACACCUUUCCUAAAGAGCAGUAUGUCUAAACUAACCUCUGACCUGUAAUCUAUAACCCCUUAGCUAUCAUCUGUAAACCAUUACUGUAACCUCUGACCUGUAAUCUAUAACCCCUUAGCUAUCAUCUGUAAACCAUUACUGUAACCCCUGACCUGUAAUCUAUAACCCCCUAACCUAUCUGUAAAACAUAACCUCUAACUCCAAACAUAUUAACGUUGACCCUGAACUCCAACCUUGAGCUCAGCACCUUUUCUCUAAUUAUUUUUAAGUAUUUCCCCACCAUUUUCUAUCCAUCCCCUCUGAUCCAGCUAGUAGUUAUUGUAAAUCUUAGAAUGGUCCCCUCUGAUCCAGGUAGUAGUUAUUGUAAAUCCUAGAUCAAUCCCCUCUGAUCUAGCUAGUAAUAAUUGUUAAUUCUAAAUUCAUCCCCUCUGAUCCAGCUAGUAGUUAAUGUAAAUCUUAGAUUAAUCCCCUCUGAUCUAGCUGGUAGUUAUUGUAAACCCUAGAUUAAUUUCCUCUGAUCCAGCUAGUAGUUAUUGUAAAUCCUAGAUUCAUCCCCUCUGAUUUAGCUAGUAGUUAUUGUAAAGCUUAGAUUCAUUGGGACCUAAAUUAGUUGAUCGACUGUUCUUCAAGUAACAUUCAUCUUAAAUUACAGUCAGCCAAUUAAAGUUUACCAAUAAUACAUUGCGGUUUUGAACUUGAACACAACCAAUAUAUUUAGAGUAUUGAAGUAGUAUCUCCUUUUUCAUACAUUUCAUUGUAAAAUGUGCUUCAUUUAAUUAAAAACAGGGUGAAAUAUUAGGGUUUUAAUUGAGAUCAGAUGGCCGAUUUUUAGGGCAUACCCAUGGUUUACUAAGAAAUUAUCUGUUGUUUAUUUAUUGGACAAUCUUUGUUGCAAAAUGGCGGUUUAAUCUGUAAUGUAAAUGUAAAUUCAGAUUAACUGUCUACUUUAACUGGUCAAAUGUAUGACCCAGAUUAAUCUCUCAACCUGACCCUUACCAGUCAUCAACCUCAACUUGAUGUUUACGGUUUCUACUUCCUGUUAACCAGUUUAUUUAUUUAAUGUUAUUUUUAUAUGGUGUCUGGUUUUAUGUGUAGUCCUGUGCAACUACACCACUAUGAGUAAUCAGUGCUUUUGUAUUUUUCUUAAUAAAUGAACCAAUUUUAAUAUCCA